CAAUGUCACAGUGUCUGAAGUCAUUUAAUUUUUUUCCCGCGAAACGCGCUUCUAAUCACGCACUCCAACUCUCUCACUCUUUCAAUUAAACUCUUCCUUCCUAUUACGCUUCCAAACUAAAACCAACCAAACUUUACCCAAUUCUCUCUGUCAUGUUCGCGGCGUCUCCGCCACCCUCGGCCGCCGCUACCACCGCCGGCGUUGGUCUCGGCUACGGCAUUGCCAUCGCCGUCAGCAUCCUCGUCCUCAUCUCCUCCAUCAUGCUCGCCUCCUACGCCUGCGUCCGCUUCAAAUCAAACUCUCCUCGCACUCGCAACAACACUUAUUACGACCAAACGGAACAGAAUAUCAGCGUUCACGAUUCCGGUGGGCCCGAACUCGUCGUCCUGGGCCUGGAAAAGCCCGCCAUCGAGGCCUACCCGAAGAUCGUGGUAGGAGAGAGCGGCCGCCUCCCCAGGCCCAACGACAGCGGCUCCUGCGCCAUCUGCCUCUGCGACUACCUUCCCAAGGACACCGUACGCUGCGUUCCGAGCUGCCACCACUGCUUUCACGCGGACUGCGUGGACGAGUGGCUGAAGAUGAGUGCCACGUGUCCGCUCUGCCGGAACUCCCCGGCGCCAUCACCAUCGCCGUCACCGACGCCGCUGGCGGAGCUCGUUCCGCUGGCUUUCCACGCCAGGUGAUUCAUUCGUUCAUUCUUGUCUUAAUUGUAUAACUAAUUGUGUUUCUCGCGAGAACGAAAGAAAAUUCGUUGAACGUUAAUUUUUCGUUCGUUCUUUCGUCAACACAAAACGAUUAACAUUCGGAUUCUGGAUUCUAAUUUGGAUGAGAUCUGAUGUGAUGGAAUCUGAUUUUUUUU